AUGACUUUCGCCCUGCAUUACACAGGCGAAUAUAUGUACAUGCUGUACCACAAGUCGCGCGAGACUAUCGAGAAGGGUGACUUCGGUCCAUUGGCAGAGUUACACAGUGCAAUCAGUGGGCUGAAAAGCCUCUGCACAAUGCUAGCUGCAGACGGUAUCGAAACUUGUCGUCACGCAAUGGACGGUCACGGGUUUGGUGGUAGCAGUGGCCUCAAGCCGACGAUUAUGUAG